AUGGAACUCAUGAGGCCAAGGUCUAAACGCACACACACGCACGAUGCCAACAUUAACGGCGACAGUAACGGCAAUGACAUUCAUGAAAACGGGAGCGAUCUUGUGGCAAUAAAUUGGCCUUCAACUUGUACCCCUUCCAAGAAAUCGGGAUUGGUUAUGGCGUCUCCUUCAUCGGAAGCGACGAUCCCUGCAGAUACCCGCGGCGGAUGUUCUGCGCCGUCCUCCUUUAUGAGUCAGUUACACUUCCCUCUUUCAUUGCAUUUUGCACCUUCGCUUAGUACCGUUCAGGAUGCAUUAGGGAGAUGGAGGAAGAAGGUCGAGGAAGCGACAAGGAGGGCCGAGGAUCUAGCUGGAAACACUUGGCAGCAUUCUAAAUUGCUCAAGGACUAUGGGACAACUGCAAUGAGAUGA